UGCAUGCAGUUGUGUGUUAAAAGUCACGUGUGAUAGUAGUGCCGAUCAAGUGUUUUAUUAGUAAAAAUUUGUUGGUUAAUCGACCAUUGGCCGAUAAAUCGAGGCUCUAACGGACUCGGCGUUGUUUUUCCGAGUGAUUGAAUCCAUCAGUGGGCGAAGCUUGUGCAAAGCCGAACUCGAUUUCGUGAGUGUUCUGUAAGGAAGUUCCCGGAGAGACGUAAACAAAUGUGCUGAUGUAAAACCGACCAUAAGACUAGUGGGUAGCGGGCAAGAGUAUCCCGACGCGUCGGACGUAGCGUAUUUGGUUCAAGACUAAUCAGCAAGACGCCGAUAACCUGUCAAACCGACUGCUUAUCGCAGUAUCAUCGUCGUCGUCGUGGUAAUCAUCACGGAGACAUCGAAUCCGGCAUUUGGUCAAGAGAGAUAGGAAAGGGAGGAAAAAAAAUAUCAUCAUCGUUGUUGUCCAUUGCGUGAGUCGCCUUAACCUCCUCCAAGUUGCAACUCGACUAACCUAGUAUAUUAGGACCAAAAGAAGAGGAGGAGGAGGACUGAACUCCAGGAAGGCGUCGUGAGGCCGACCAGCGCAGUCUCCAUAAAGGCAUAAGCGCAGACGAGAGCUACACAACGUAGCCGACGCGCAUGCAGACAUCUCUCUUUAUCACGCGGGAGGUUUUGGUAGAGUGGUACGUGUACAACAUUAGGUAAACUAAAAUAAGCGAGGAUGCCCGAGGCAGCCGCUGCCAGUUCAGUCGCUUGUCGCUCGCCGACCGAGACGGAGCCAACGAGUGCCUCGAAUUCUGAAGCUCCCGCCGAGCAACAGCCGCCACCAGAACCAUUACCAGAGCAACAACAACAGCUGAAGGAAAAACAACAAGAGGAGGUAGAGGAAGAGGACGAAGAAGAACAGCAAAAACAACAGCCGAAAGAAAAAAAAGUUAAGCCAGUGCAAUCGGAAGAAGAAGAAGAAGAGGAGGAGGAGGAAGAGGAGGAGGAGGAAGCAGAAGAGGAGGAGGAGGAGGAGGUAGAGGUACCCGUGAAAAAACCACGGAUUGCGGUAGCUGAAAAGCCACAGGGAAAGAAACAGCGAGCAGCCGCUAGCCCAGUGACCACUACCUCGGCCAGGAACAGCCCGCGUCCCUCGCCGGCAUCCCGUGCUAGUAUGUCCACCGAUCCCGCCUACAAGCUCGGCGAUCUCGUCUGGGCGAAGAUGAAAGGGUUUUCACCGUGGCCUGGCAGGAUAUCCAAACCACUGAGAGAUAUGAAAAGGCCAGCUUCUAGCUUCAAUAAGAAGGUUCCAAUUCAUUGUAUAUAUUUUUUUGGAACAAAUAACUUUGGCUGGAUUGAUGAAAAUAAUAUCAAAUCUUAUCAUGAGCAUAAAGACACAUGCACGAAAUUGUCCAAAAAUGCACAGUUUAAAGAAGCUUGUCAAGAGAUCGAAGAUUUUAUUACCAAAGGAGAGGUGUUUGAAGAUGGACCUGAUUCGGAUACCCUAUUUGACAAGUUAAAAGAGGAGACCAAUACUUCUAUUGGAAAGAAAACUCCAAAGAUUAAACCAAAAAAAUUAAAAACAUUCGUGACUUUGCAGGAAACUCCAAAAAUGAAAAGAGAAAGUAAUGCCGGAAGCAGCGAUCGUCGUUCAGCCAAAAAGCAAAGAACGGAUUCAAACGCAAGUAGUAGUAGUAACAGGCUUAGCAGUAUAAGUCCUACUUUGAAUCAUUCGACACCAAUGAGAAAGGGUGGCUCUCUCUUAGACAGACCUGCAAAUAUUAGCAGACCUGAAACACCACCUCUUGACGUGGAAACUCUUUCCCAAACACUGAAAGACAAAAACAUCCGUGCCUCAAACUUGAAAUUUGGAUUUCUUGGACUUGGUAUCAUGGGCAGUGGAAUCGUGAAAAAUCUCCUUAACAGUGGACACAAAGUAAUUGUAUGGAACAGGACGCAAGAAAAGUGCGUGGACUUUGUAAAAGCCGGUGCCGAACAAGGCCUCACGCCGUCUGACGUUGUCCUCGUGGCCGACAUCACGUUCUCAUGCGUCGCAGAUCCUCAGGCUGCCAAAGAGAUGGUGUUUGGCAACUGUGGUGUAUUAACGGAGAUAUCCACUGGCAAGGGUUACAUCGAAAUGACUGGGAUCGACGCCGAGACGUCGCACGACAUCGCCGAGGCCAUCACGGCCAAGGGUGCGCGCUACCUCGAGGCCCAAGUCCAAGGCAGCAAAGUGCAAGCAGAGGAAGGUAGCCUUGUGAUCCUCGCGGCUGGCGAUCGCGAGUUGUUUGACGAUUGCAAGAGCUGCUUUGGCGCGAUGGGCAAGAACAGCUUUUUCCUGGGCGAGGUUGGCAACGCCUCCAAGAUGAACCUAGUGUUACAAUUGAUGGCUGGGGUGACGCUGGCUGGGCUGGCCGAAAGCAUGGCUCUCGCUGAUCGAGCAGGAUUGCAGCAAAAGGACGUGCUAGAGAUACUUGAGCUUACGUCGCUCGCUUGUCCAGCGAUACUGGAAAAGGGCAGAGUGAUAGUCGAGGGCGGCUUCCAAACACAUCAGCCGCUUCAGCACAUGCAGAAAGAUCUGCGUCUGUCGCUAAGUAUGAGCGAUCAAUUGGAGCAGCCCAUACCAUUGGCAGCAGCUGCCAAUGAGAUCUACAAGCAUGCGAGACGUCUCGGUUAUGGUGAGCAUGACGCCUCGGCCGUUUAUAUUCGUGCCAGGUUUUAGUCGACAGAAUAAGCUGUAUGACAGAUAAACAUGCAAAAAACACCACAGCCGAUCAAGAACAAAUAAGGUACAAGAAGGGCUUUCGAGAUACCACCCGCCUUCUUGAAGAUGAUUGCAAUACUACUUAUCAGCUGUGUAAAAGAGACCCUGGUGUAUACAAUUUUUAUCCCCAGGGAAACAUAAUUAGAUGAGGAUAGUGUAAGAGAUAGAGAAAGAAAAGUGUGCUAAGACAGGGGUAGAAAAAGUAAUUAAAUAAACUGUAAAUUUUCUGGAUGGUCUUCGUGUACGAGAGUAAGGUAUGGUGUAUUGAUUGUGAAGAGAUGUUGUUUUGCGAGUAUUCGUAUAAUUUUGUAAAUAAUUUGAUGGAUAAACCAUUGAAUUAUGAAGUUUAUUUCUCCAAGGCAAAGAUUGUUAUCACGAGUGAACACGAGAAUUUACAGUUGACAAUGAUUUAAAAUUUUUUCUUAACCCUUUUUAGAGUUUAUCAUUAUCAUUAAAUAUAAAAAGCACAGUCAUAAAUUCUUUCAAGGAAUUUGUCUGAAAAAAAUUGUAAUACAUGUAAGUACGUUCACAAAGAAAGAAAAUGCGGGUGGCAUUUUAUUACUCUAAUUUAAAUUAAAAUGAAAUAAAUGAGUAAUUUUUUAUAGUGUCAAAAAAAUCUAUUCGAACGCCUUAUUUUUUUUUUUCAUUUAUAAAUACAGAUAUAUAUGAUUAUCGUUAGUGACUGAGAGAAAACAAAUAGAAACACUCGACUUGUUUUAUUUAAAUUGAAUUUCGUAUUUUUGAAAGUAUAGGUUCAUUGCAAUACAUUAGCACAUUUAUAUAGCAUGUAAUUAAGGAGAUUUUUAUAAUUUUAAAGAAAUUUUUCCUUUUCCUUGCAUGCUGUCAUUACUUUUAUGGACUAAUUCAUAGCAAAUUCUCUUUCAUGUACUUCAUUUUACUCACGUCGAUCAGGUGUCGUAAAUCUUACGUUAGUGGAUCUCAACGAAAUGAAUCAGAUACACGUAAUUAUUUUCGUAAAAAAGUAUUACAAAAAAAAUGACUCGUUGGGUUUGAUUAGCUGAUAAAUGUAAUAUCCAUCAUCAUCUGCUGCAUAGUAAACUAUUAAGUUUAAGUGCCUUAAUAAAUAUCUAGGAAAAAGAUUUUUCAUAAAUUGGUAUUUACUUUACCAUCCAUGCCUUUUUCCUUAUUUUAAUCAACCAUUGAUAAAACAUGUAUCAAAAGCCAAAGGCACAAAUAAAACUUUAAAUCAUGUGAGAGAACGUUAUGUGUUUUAAUUUUUAUCACUUUAUUGAACCUAUCGCUUUACUCGAAAUUAUCUAAACACAAGAUACAACCGACGAGUCAAAUGAACAUCAUGAAAUACGAUAGCAUGUGUAUGGAACCAUCAGAAAUUCGAAACGUCAUAUCGUUAAUUGUAUAUUCGCAUAAGGUCACAGUUAAGCUACUUGAUGCAAAUUUUAACAUACAUUUUUUUUUAUAACCAUUUUUAUACAUCCUAUGAGUUUUAUUAAAUUAGUGAACUACACCAAAAUCAUAUUGAAAAACGUAUGUUUAUGAGAAAAUAUUUUAAAACACUGACUUCUAUAUUAUAGUUCAGAAAAAUUUAUACAUUACACAAUUCAUUUUACUAUUUUAAAAAUGAAAGUGAAUUUUUGUUACCUGACGAUUCUAAUUAAGGUUUCGUUAAAGUUUUUUACACCAUCAAAAUUAUCACAGAGAUUCUUUAGUUAUUAAAGCGAUAAACUUUUUUUUUUAACUUCAACUACAGCUUAUAAAAAUAAAUAUUCUGAGAUCGAAAUAAGCUCAAAUGAAGUUGGAAUAUAUUAUUAAAGAAAGAGCGUGAAAA